UUUGCAGCCGAGUUGCGGCGGCCGCGAGGUGCCCGGCAGCGCGGCCCCGGCUCGGAGCGGGAAGCCAUGGAGCCCGGGGCGCCGUGCGUUGCCCUCACCCUGUGCCUGUGGCUCUGGUUGGCGGCCUCGGGGGGCUGCCUGGCUCCAGGCCCCGGCUUGGUGGCGGCGGCGACCGCACGGCGGCUGGACGAGUCUCUGUCCGCCGGGAGCGUCCAGCGCGCGCGCUGCGCCUCCAGGUGCCUCAGCCUGCAGAUCACGCGCAUCUCCGCCUUCUUCCAGCACUUCCAGAACAAUGGUUCCCUGGUUUGGUGCCAGAAUCACAAGCAAUGUUCUAAGUGCCUGGAGCCCUGCAAGGAACCCGGGGACCUGAGAAAGCACCAGUGUCAAAGCUUCUGUGAGCCUCUGUUCCCCAAGAAGAACUAUGAGUGCUUGACCAGCUGUGAGUUCCUCAAGUACAUCCUCCUGGUGAAGCAGGGGGAUUGCCCAGCCCCUGAGAAAGCUAGUGGCUUUGCUGCCGCCUGCGUGGAGAGCUGUGAAGUUGACAGCGAGUGCUCGGGGGUGAAGAAGUGCUGCUCUAACGGGUGUGGACACACCUGCCAGGUGCCCAAGACUCUGUACAAAGGGGUCCCCUUGAAGCCCAGAAAAGAGUUACGGUUUACUGAGCUCAAGUCGGGGCAGCUGGAUAUUAAGUGGUCCUCCAAGUUCAACAUUUCCAUUGAGCCUGUGAUCUAUGUGGUACAAAGAAGAUGGAACUAUGGGAUCCAUCCCAGUGAAGACGAUGCCACACAUUGGCAGACAGUGGCCCAGACCACGGACGAGCGGGUGCAGCUGACUGACAUAAGGCCCAGCAGAUGGUACCAGUUCCGCGUGGCUGCUGUCAACGUGCAUGGCACCAGAGGCUUCACUGCACCCAGCAAACACUUUCGCUCCUCCAAAGAUCCAUCGGCACCCCCAGCCCCAGCCAACCUUCGGCUUGCAAACUCCACCAUCAACAGCGACGGGAGCGUGACCGUGACUGUCAUUUGGGACUUCCCCGAUGAGCCAGACAUCCCUGUGCAUCACUACAAAGUGUUCUGGAGCUGGCCGGUCAGCAGCAAGUCACUUGUCCCAAUGAAAAAGAAGCGGAGAAAGACUACUGACGGACUUCAGAACUCCGUGACCCUGGAGAGACUUCAGCCAGACUGCGACUAUACCGUGGGACUCCAGGCCAUCUCCUACUGGGGACAGACCCGCCUCAAGAGUGCCAAGGUGUCUCUGCACUUCACGUCCACACGCGCUGCCCACAACAAAGAACAGCUGGGGAAAACUAGAAAAGGGGUGGCCCCGAUACAGCCCCCUUUCCAAAGAAGACGGCCCACUCGCCUGAUAGAGAUUGGAGCUCCGUUCUACCAGGACAACCAACUGCAAGUCAAAGUCUACUGGAAAAAGACUGAAGAUCCCAGUGUCAACCGAUAUCACGUGCAGUGGCUUCCGGAAGUCUGUGCUCACAACAGGACAGCUGGAGCGGAGACAUCCUUGGGCAUGACCCACGAAAAUUAUAUAAUUCUUCAAGACCUGUCAUUCUCCUGCAAAUAUAAGGUGACUGUCCAAUCAAUAGGGCCAAAGGGUCUCUCCAAGGCAGAAGCCAUUUUCUUUACUACGCCACCGUGCUCCACUUUGAAGGGGAAAAGCCACAAGCACAUCAGUUGUCCUGGGGAGACAGGUCACAUUCUCUCCAAAGUGCUUGCCAAGCCAGAGAACCUUUCUGCUUCCUUCAUUGUCCAAGACGUGAACAUCACCGGACACUUUUCUUGGAAGAUGAGCAAGCCCAAUCUCUAUCAGCCCAUGACUGGGUUCCAGGUGACUUGGGCUGAGGUCACGACAGAGAGCAGACAGAACAGUUUGCCCAACAGCAUCAUCUCCCAGUCCCAAAUCCUGCCGUCGGAUCACCACAUGCUCACCGUGCCCAACCUGAGGCCGUCCACCCUGUAUCGCCUCGAAGUCCAAGUGCUGACCACAGGCGGGGAGGGCCCAGCCACCAUCAGGACCUUCCGCACCCCCGAGCUCCCGCCCUCUGCAGUGCACAGACCCCAUCUGAAACAUCAUCAUGCACAUCAUUACAAGCCAUCUCCAGAAAGAUACUAAGCUGCUCCCAGCCUGUCUCCACGUUGCCCGGAUGUGUAUGCUUGCUGAACUUCACCCUCUAGACAGUAUCCCUCUAGAACAGUAGGGACUCCUCAGAGACUGCACAGUAAGUACUUCUGCCAAUCACAGGCCACCUGGAAACAGUUGAUUCGUCAUCAGCGAGUGCAGACAGACACCAGUUCCCCAGCCAAGAGGAGAAAACUGAAGAAGACAUCUAUGGAACUUGGAAUUUCAUUUCUGUCUGUGGUCUCACUAAUCUCUUUUGGAUUUCUGCAGAACUGAGAUUUCCUUGAAUUUAGAGCAGCAAGAUCUCACAACAGAGUAGUGUAACAAAUACACAGUUUAUACACAUACUAAGUAUACAUUUAAUCAAUAAAAUGUAUUUUUUAUUAAAUUAUUGUUUUGAUUUGCAAAGUCAACUAAGAUUAUACGGCCUUUGGGUACUAUUUCUUUACGCAUUCAUGAAGUCUUUUUAACUGAAAAUUUAUAACCUGAAUUAUACCCAUGAAGUUUAAUCUAAAAAAUUCCUUAUGUAAGUACCCUCAGGUUCUUUUUAGAUAAAGGAAAAUGAAAGCUCAAUCUGUCAUUUAUUAUCUCCAAGACAUCCAAAACUGGCAAUGCGUAAACUAGAUUAUGGAGAAAUGGAAAUUCUUCUCUGGGGAAACCUUUAAAUGUUUCAUCCAAUCUGAGAGAUUUUCCUAAUCUUUGACCUUAUUUGUAUUCUUCGUCAGUGCAGAAAAUAGCUUUUGGUGUGUUUUGUUUGCCAUCUGAAAAUUCACAAAGCUGCCUGCUUCAGGUGAAAGAAUUACAACAAUUGGGCAUUUUCAAAUCUUUACAAAGAUGUGCUUUUUCUUGAUCUAAGGAAGCUAUUUGCAUGCUAUAAUAUUCUCCAUAAUAUAAAAACAAAAGGACUUCUAUUGAGAUAAAAAGGAUGAUUAUCUUCCUUUAGUUCAAACUUUAUUGUUUGGAAAAUUCCUCUACUCCAACCUACCCCAGUAGCAUGAGCUCCAGUCAACACGUGUUAUCAGCAUAUGGUACUGAAUUGUGUUGUGGGACAACCUAAACACAGAAAUGUUUAGUUUCAUCUAUUUUUUUUUCUUGAGAGACUGCAUAUAUAUGGGGUUUUAAACAUGCAUAGAUUUGUAUCUGUACACUUAUUAUUGUGUGUGUAUAUAUAUGUAUGCACAAAUAUAUAUGCACAUCCUUAUAUACACACACAGACCCUUCCAUAUGGUAUGAAUCCCUAAAGAAAUUGUUUUUGCGCUUUGCUGGUGCUGGAUAGAGAUGUUGUUUUUCCAAAGUUGAUAAGGAUAAUAUAUUUUCCCCAUCAAUGUGGAUUCCAUGAGAAAGGAGCAAUUUAUCAAAAUUAAUCUCCAUAAAAGAAAGGCUUCCUCAUUUCAUUAUCUAUGCAAGUACAAGAACGAGAAAACAAGUAAGAUUAUUUUAGCUUUUGAUGAUAGGAUGGACUUACUCCUUAUUGUUUCACUGUCUUCUGGAUGCUGAUGGAUGCCUGGCCUUGAUUUGCUGAGCUCUCACUGCAGUGUUCAAGGAAAGAUAGGUGGAAAGUAAGUAAGAUGGGGAGAAGCUCCUUCUGUCGUUACAUUGAUGCAGAUAUUUAGGAGACACGGUCUAGAAACAUGGAUGCUAAUAAUAGAUAUGGAAAACUCUUUCCUGUGUGUUAAAGUAUUUAGAAAGUGGAGAAUGGUGGGAUGUUUUGCAGCUUUGUACAAGCCACAUCCAGUGGGAAUUCAGAGUAGCGUGGAAGUCCAUGUUAACAUUCUGAAUAGCUUUCUGCAGCCGUCACUGGAUGGACUGAGCACAGCAUUUCCUCAAAUCACCUGCUUCCAAGUAUCUGAGUGGAGAACACAGCCUUCACUGAAAACCCCCAGGUGCAGGCACACAUCAUAGAGAUCUGAAACUAUGAUUAUUCUAGUGCUGUCACCAGCACUCGAAUUGCAAGUUUUUAAAAUCAAAAAUUACAACUUCUCAUGACUGGCUAUGUGUUUUAUCUUUCACUUUCUUUAUAAACAAAUCUCAAACAUUUAUGCCACCAGGGCUUUGUACUAUUGUAUAGUUCAAAAUGCAGGAGUAUAUACAGAGAUGCAAAAUAUUAUUAAAUUAUUAUAUAAAUUUAACUAUAAAAUGUAUGGGGGUUUUUGUCCAGGUAAAUAACAUUGAGCAAAUAUAUUUUUAGUUCAGAUAUGGAUCUGAAGCUUAUAUCAUCCUCAAAAAAAUUUAAAACAGCCUUUAUAAUCAUCUAAUUUGGAUAUAAUAUUGAAAAAACAAUUAGUGUUGUUAGAUGAAAACUAUUAAUGAGGUGAUAAAAGAGACAUGUUUCUGUCUUGAAUUUUAAUAAUCUCUAAUAAUAAUCAAAUGAUUAACAUGUAAUUAUAAUUUUUCAAAAUUUAAACAUGUGAGUACCAUUUUUCAUAAAGCAGUUUCAGUUCUUCAUUCUCUAAUAUAUUGUAUUAAAAUAGAUACAUUUUUCUCACAAAAAAUAUAUGCAGAGUUUGCAUUGACUCAAACAUUGAGCUGGUCAAAAAUAUUGUCAUCAAAGACAGAUGGUUAAGUUGAUAUAAACUACAAUUGUAUGCAUUAUUCUCACUCACACCAAAAACCCUUUAAUAAUGAAUUUUUCUGUGCUUCUCUCUUUUGCGAAAUGGAACUCUGUGGAAUGACUUUCCCAAAUCAAGAUGUUGCCAUUCAAUCAUUCAUUGAUAAAUAGGCUAGAUCACAGACAGAAAGCUUAUGGUGGGUGACUGCUUAAGCAAUGCUUAGAGAUUCCAAAUUCUAGAAACCCAAGAGAAUAGAUAACUGGCUCCAGAGAACAAGAUGUAUCAACUUCAGCACUAUUAAACUGAGGGCUGGCUAGGUCUUUAUUGCAGGGGCCUGGGCAUUGUGGGAUAUUCAUCAGCAUCCUGCUUCGGCCCGCUACUUCCCCUUUUCCAAAUUGUGGCAACCAAAAAAUAAUGUUCCUAGGAUUUCUCCCUGCCCCUAGGAAAUGGGCACCUCCCGCUAAAAACCAGUUCAGUAGAGUGGUUUUCACGGAACAAAGGGAAAUUGCCCUUUGAGAAGGAACCAGCCCUGGAAAAAUCCCAGCCAAGACCUUAACACAUUUGACUUCAAAGACCUUCCUUGAAUCUUCUGUGUCCACUGAAGAACCUUGUUAGAAGACUGAAUUUCAACUUGUCUCUGAUUCAUGUGAGCAGAAGUAUUAAUCCACCUUAGGUACCAGUAAAUGGCAUUUGUGAAGUCAACUUAUUUAUUUAAUGCUCUUUCUUACACUGUGACCAUGGGUUCCUUGAGUUUCACACAUUUGGGUGAUUACAAACAGCUCUAAAUCUUUUCCAGUAAACAUUCACACUAUAGCCAGAACUCAAUGGCUAGGUGUCUGCAUGUACUUCAGAGAUGAUUUUAAGAUAGAAACAAAUCCAUGAAGGUGUUGCGUCUUAGCUAUGGUGUUGCAUGGCCAUACAGUUUCAUGUGAGGUGUGGACUCCCCUGACUGUCUUACCGCCACUGAAUAUUUAACAAGUUCUAUGAUUUACAGAGUGAUUAACAGAGGUCUAUAUAAAGCUAUUAUUUUUCCCUUUACUUAAAUAUAUUCUAGUGUGCAGAUAGGAGAACUGGUACUUUCUCAUCCAAGUGGUCUGUAGAAAUCAUGUCCCUUAUAUUGUGCUCAUUUAAAGUCAAUAUUUAUUUAUGUACGUAAUAAAAAGUCUGAUUUCUGUGUAUGUCUGUCAUGUUAUUUAGAGAUGUAAUCCUGUAAAAAAAAUUUUGUAAACAAAAAAACUCAGAAAAGUAUUGUAAAUAGCCUGAUAUUCUGUGACUCAUUAUUUUCAUGUUAGAGUUUGUACAUACUGAUUCAGUAAUAAAGGAUCUUUAAACCUG